UAACUUGUACUUGCUAACCAAACGUUAUUAUUAACCGGGCGAGUUUAGUCAAAGGACGACGUUUCCGAACGUUUUCAUGGCGGCAAAACGCGCGAAUCCAUUUUAAUUUGCGUUUUGUGAGAUCCAGAAUCUUCGAUCGGUUUUUAUUUUCAUAAAAUAUAAUAACUAGUACAUAAAAUAUAUUAUAUUGAUUUUCAAUUUACUUUUUAAGUGAAAUAGUUAUAUAAAUCAUCGUUUGUUAACAAUAACAGCCUUGUUGUAAAGAAGGUCGUUUAAUGUGUAAACAAUACUUUCUAAAUCUAAAGAUGCACCCAUUACCGUCGUUUUAUUCAUAGUGGUAUAAUUAAAUUCGAUUCGGUUCGUUACAUUUUAUAUAACAACAUUUAAAUUUUGUUACGGUGGUCGAGAUAUAUAUAUUUUUUAAGUAGAUUUAGUUUUCUCAAGUUCGUUGUGUGUGCCCAUCGUGUGAUAAUUGUUGUAUGAAACUAGAAAUUGUAUUGACCAUACAUCGAUGCAAUAGUGGGGGUGAAAAAUGGAAAGGUACACAGUGAAUCGUCGAUCUAAAAGGGGAAGAGGCGAUGGACUUUUCUCGAAAUGGCGGAGAAAAUACUUCGGGAGUAUCCUAAGUCGGCGUUCCUGGAUCACGAGCGGAUAUGACUUGAAUAAUGCCAGUUACGUAAUCAACAGACGUUAUUCGAGGGACAAGAUGUCGCCGGUGUGCCACAGCUUCGUGCAGAACGCUUGGAAAAAGGACUUCUGCUCCAACUGUUUCAAGUCGCGCGAGGAACACGUCAAGCAAGAACGAGUCAGCGAGGGUAGCAAGUAUUUAGCUACUCCAUUCCAGAACAGAAGUACAUUCUUUAAGAAAACUCCACCGAGCAUACUGAAGAUCCAUUCAAAGAAAAAGAAUAAACGUAAUGUAAGUUUUCCAGAUGAAGUCAGUAGUGUUAUUGGUUUUGGAGGCGAUGGAUGGUCGGAUGAUGAGGAAUUCGAAAUGUCAGAAGACAAUGAAGACGAUGACACUUUCCCCGAUACUGAGGAGGAGAGAGAACUUUACAGAAUCACAAAGUCCAAUACAGAUUUUAACACAGUCAAAGCCAAUCUGUUGGGAGACUCUGCAAGCAAAUCAUAUACUUCCCUAAUGCUGGGGAAAAUGCAAACAGACUCGGCGGGUAAGAAAAAAACUCUGCUUGUUUCUGUAACUCCAUUCGGGCAAGAUAACAAAAAUAAUGGUAAGCCACACGCUCGUAAACCGUCCAUUAUUCAUGUAUCAGAAGCAUCAGCUGAAGAAACAAGUAAUUAUAAAACUAAUAUUAUCUUAUCUACGUAUGUAAAAGAAUCCGAAACGAUAAUAAGUUCGGAAGGUGUUAAUACAUCGGGAAGCAUAUGCACCGAGAAAUCGUUACUUGAAGAAAUAUCAGAGACUUUACAACAGAAUCGCAUGUCAGGUGGCAUAGACCUGCGUUUAACACAAAACGAUGUCAACAAACCCACCGUAGUCGAAGGAAAGAUAAAGGAAAGCAUGCAAGAUGAACCAGAGAAAAAAGAUGUAUGCGAAACUAAAAAGAACGGUAUUGUGAGGAAAUCGCCAUUAACGAAAACACAAGAACGCCCUAAAGUGAACUUAGGACGCGCAGAUUUUAAAUUCUGUAAAAUUAACGUCGAAAACACUAGUGUUGAUUCAGCUGUCAGUACAUUAAACUCAACUCCGAAUAACUCUUUCGCAUCUGACGACGAGAGUUUUAGUGCUAAAACUGACUCCGAUAACGAUGACAGCGGGCACUUUUCAGAAACGCACAAGACCGAAGAAACCGUGAAAAUAAAAGUGUUUAACGACAGCGAUAAAAACCUUAAGAUGUCGCCUAUUGGUCAAUUGAGAAAAGUGGACGGACAAGCCAGCAGUGGAUAUUCAACAUUCCAAAGCCCGGUUAUCGAUAUGCCUUCCAUAAUACCGAAACAGACCGACAACAUUUUCUCCGCGGAAGCCAGUAGAGAGUUAGCGGGCGAACCAGACGGUAGGGCCGAUCCGGAAGAUGCGACCGAGGCGCCAGCUCUUCCUAAAAGUCCUAUUCCUAUGUUAGAUCCGCGCCCGUCUUUCUUACAUGGAAUGAUUUCUGAUGUAAUGCUCGCACACAAACCUGUUCUGCCGGAAAAACCCAAGCUGCCAGUUAAACCUGUUAUUAAAUCAACAACGAAGAAAAGUACUAUCACAAACCAUCAAGUUAUGCAGCUACAAUCAAAUGAAGAUGAAAAAACAAACAGAAUUAUGAAUGAAGAACGCUGUAUUGAAAUUACAGAAGUACAUGAAGAAAAAUUAGAUACUGUUUAUUACGCUCAACCAGUGCUAACGAAACAGGACAGCGAUUCGUCUUUGAACAGUCUCUGCAAACGUAAAGCGCCUACUCCCCCGUCGACGCCAACGAUUGAAGAAUAUCCGAACUUAUACCAAAGAAACACAAGUGGGUUUGCAAAAUCUGACUCACCCGUAGUAAGAGAAAUGGAGAAAAGAGAGCGCUCUGUGACAUCUUCACUUCCUAAAGCUAAGACGGCAGAAGAAGUGAUCGACAUAAAAAGAAUUGAAGGAACCCCAGAACCGGCACCACGAAGAACGAUUUCUCUUUCGCACGACAACCUGUUGCUUGAUGAGAAACGUAAAGGAAAACUAAAGUUCUCCAUCAAAAAGCUACUUCGAAUUGGUUCAUCAAAGGACUUGGACAAGAAAGAACUCAGUGUCGCUACUGUCACCAAAGUCACCACAAAACCUGAGGAUAUUUACGAUUUGACACCAAAACCGAAGCCACGUUUGGUCAUCAUACACCCAUUAGAUAUAAACGGCACUAGCGUCGAAGUCGUGAAGACUAACGGCGAUAUCCCCGAUCUCCGGAGACUAAGCCACGAUGACGUCUCUUCUAUAUACAGCGGAAGCAGUUCGGCAACUGAUCCAGAAACCCCGAAAGUUUUAAAUAAACCUCCACCGCCUCCGCGGCAAAUCGGGGAUGAACUCAAAACUGUGCCGCAUCCCGCGAAACCAGCGCGACCGCCCCCACCGAAAUCGGCAGCUUUGCAAAAGAAACAAAAACAGCAAGCUUGGACCGCGACACCAAGUAAAACCGACAGUAUUUACGCUAAUUUAGGUGAGAUCAGAUCGGCAUUAGCACCAAGAAAACCGGAGCGAACAGCCAGCAUGCGGGAGAGGGAGGCUCAUUUAGAACUCCCGAAACGACGAACGCAAAUAGACGACGACAAAGACGAGCCAGACGACGGACCCCAUGAGCUUGUGCAGGCCACAAACGACCCAGUCAUCCACAGCUACGACGAUGUAUACCACAACUCCAAAUACGACGAAGAGAAUUGCGACUCCGCAAAGAACAGCGACAGCGAUUACGAAUACGUCCACCACGCCAGAUCCAGUUCGCCGGAAUGUGACGCCGGCAUGAAGCCAAGAGACGCGGACGAGAGCAAAAACCCGAAGAAGAUUGAGAACAAAAGCAACGACUUCCCAAAAUACAAUGGCUUCAAUCGAUCCUCGCUGCCGUACUGCGGUAGCGAGACGGAAUCCGAAAUAUAUUCGCCUUACAGCUUCUAUUGUUCGACGGACAACAUUGACACAGCCAACCAUGAAGAGUAUCAAAACGAUUUGACUCCGAAGACCACAACUAACAAACUCAGAGUGCGGAAAGGCAGGAGCGUGGUGCACAGAAACUUGGAGGACAAUUACGGUGCAGUCGUUAUUGCGAAUCACGAAGCUCUGGCGCAGGUCUUAGAACAGGUUCAGCAGAGUGCGACAAUGCAGCCCUCGCUACGAGGUUUAAAAGCUUGCACAAAUCUCCGUUGGAGUGAUUUCACGGUGCAGCCGAAGUCGUCCGUCAAGGCCGGCAGGAGAAUAUUCUGUCCGGCCGUGUGGAACUCCAAUAGUCCGGUCAACGUGACCCUCAUGCUGUACAAGGAGCAGAUGGCCUCGCAGAUCGUCUGCCAGCAGUCCGUGCAGCCGCAGACGCUGAGUCUAAAUGCCAUUACCGAGUUCUGUGAUUUGGUACCCAGACAACAGUUUGGCGAAGACGGAGACGAUUUAGUACAAGCAACCAUCGUGGUUUUGGCCCAAGCACAGGUGGACACCUUACAAAGCUAUGGCCAAAGUCUUCGCUCCGUCGAAGCUCUUUCGACCAACUCCCAACUCGUGCCAACUGAACAGGUGCACGAAGCUAUCUUCAUGAUGCUGCAACUGAUCAACGGCCUCAAGUGCCUUCAGGCGCGAGGGGUCGAGGAAAUCUCGGAGACUUUGUCCUCGUUCGUGGCGCUGAGGGAAGCCCAGGCUAAUAACAACGUUCCGGACGAUAGAUUGACGUCACUCUCGGCUCCGAAGACCAACUGUUACGGGAGACUGUGUAUUUUGCAAGGACUGAGCAACGAGGCGAACUGCAAAACUGACGAACCUCUAAACUCCCUCUGCCGAUGCGCAAUAAGAGCACUCGAAACGCUCCUGCCGGGGGAGAAGCUCAGCCCACUCCUAAAAGAGGUCCUACAGGAGGAGCGUGCUGUAUCGUUGAAUCAGGCAAAGUCAGUUUUGGAAUUCAUGUUAUGGGGGCCGUUGGACGUGGUCCAAGGUGUGCCGGUGGACGAGAGGGAGUUGUCCCUACAGCGCUGGCUGGACUUGGAGCGAGCCACGGUCUUACACGGUUUGGUCAGAACGAGGGUACAGCUGAACGUCUUCGAGCAACUGCACCUGAUGUUCCUCGUUCGGUCCACGGCGAGGGCGAUGUGCGACGCCUCCGUACUCCUAGAGAAGGCUAACGUUUAUUGAUAGUAACAUUGAUAUUGGUCGCGCCACCGGGAUUGACUUCGGGAGUACGAAAUGUUAUGUUCGAUUGUCUACUUUCAUAACACCAUUAAAAUAACUCAAAGUAUGAGCGGAAGCGGUGUAGAAACAUCUCGCUAUCCUUUUCGCACUUAAUGUUAGACUAAUCGACAUAUUUUUCUGUUAUUUGACAACUACCCCCGUCGCCACUUAAAAGGUUGAUUAAUAGUUUAGAAAUAUGUAACAAGACCACUAUUUAGUUAAAAAUGUUAAAUUAACAUAUCAAAAUCCCGCUGUUUGUCUCGGUCGCUACAGACUUCGUGGCACUCACCACGUCCGCCAAUUAUUGAGCUUUACUCGAAUCGAACCUUGAAAUGUACGUUUGAUUUAGUUGUACGUUCUCAACAAAUGCUGUCUAAGAUACUAGCUGUCUGUGAAAACUUCUAGAUAUUAAAAUCUCUUUUAGUCAACGUACAUUCAAGGAUCUGAAAUUAAUUUAAAAAUCUAAAUACAGGCACCCGGAAACUGAUUCGUUAACUAAUGACACUUAUUGCAGUCAACUUUUUAUAACACAUCCAUUCAUUAAAUCAUUCUUUGGUUUACUAAAUCAUUCAUUCGUUAUUUACGUCGUUCAUUCAUUUAUUAAGUCAGUCAUUCGUUUCUUAAAUCAUUUAUGAAAUCACUCAUUCGCUUAUUAAAUGAUUCAUUCAUUUUUUAAAUCUUUCAUUCCUUAAUUAUAUCGUGCAUUCAUUCAUGAAAUCUUUCAUUAAUUGAUUUCAUUAAAUCAAUGGACUUUAUUAAUGAUAAAUUUAAUUGAACCGCAAUAUUGAGGUUUCCCUCGCGUUGGUGCCAACGCAUAGAACUGAACACGGACAUACUCAUUCUUAUUCCGGUGCCUUAUUAUUAUAUUGUAUAAUAUUUAAUGUUAAGUUAGUUUUUAGAUCAAGAAUUGUAUAAUUUAUAUUACACGUAUAUAUACGAGCCUCUGAUGAGUAGCUGUCAAGUUCAAAUCAUUAUUUACCUAUGUUAAGUGUUUCGAUUAAUAAAGUAUACAUAUUACUUA